GUUUCAUCUUAAAAUGUUAACAGUAAUGGAAAUGUAUAUGCAAAAAUACUACUAACUUUUAAUUCAGAGGAAAGAGUAUCAAAGAUAAGGAAUCGAACAUGUUUUUUUCGCUCUUAUUCUAGCAUACGCUUGUUCAGUCGAUAAUGUAGAUGCAAACAAGCAAAGUGAAAAAAAAAAACAUCCUCAAUCGAUCUCAGAAGAAAGCUAGUGCACCAUGGAAGACGAUUACGGUGGUGUUACGGAUUCACCCAAGCGGGGACCAACGCUUUCCACGUCGACAUCCAGCUUCGAGCCAUUUGACGCCCACGAUCCGAAUCUGUCCAGGUUGGCCACGAAGAUGUUCCAGAAAACCGGCGAGUACAUUGGCCACGAACUAAGCACUACCGCGGACGAUUACCGGCUCAUCGAGAACAUGAACAAAGCCAUGAUGGGAAAGGUACUGGAGAUGAAACAGAUGUCCGAAUCGAUUGCGGUCAAGAACAACGAACUGUCACGGAAAUAUGAGGAACUGAAACCACUUCUCCAGAGGGUAGAGGACAUAGAAUCGACCGUAAACAAACUAGAAGCGGCCGCCUAUCAGCUCGAUUCUUACACCAUUCGAUUAGAGAAUAAGUUCAAAGCAUUGAAAGCUAAGAAAUAAUUGUAGUUGAAAUGUGAUUUUAUUCGUAAUAAAAAUAUUUUAGGUAAUUGGA